AUGGAAAUGCACGUGCACAAGCCAGUGGGAACAGUGGUGGGCGUGCCCCAAGCAGUGCACGUGCACAAGCCAGUGGGAACAGUGGUGGGCGUGCCCCAAGCAGUGCACGUGCACAAGCCAGUGGGAACAGUGGUGCGCAUGCCCCAAGCAGUGCACGUGCACAAGCCAGUGGAAACAGAGGUGCGCGUGCCCCAAGCAGUGCACUUGCACAAGGCAGUGGAAACAGUGGUGCGCGUGCCCCAAGCAGUGCACGUGCACAAGCCAGUGGAAACAGUGGUGCGCGUGCCCCAAGCAGUGCACGUGCACAAGCCAGUGGGAACAGUGGUGGGCGUGCCCCAAGCAGUGCACGUGCACAAGCCAGUGGGAACAGUGGUGGGCGUGCCCCGAGCAGUGCACGUGCACAAGCCAGUGGGAUCAGUGGUGCGCGUACCCCAAGCAGUGCACGUGCAUAGUGCCAGCAAGAUGGUGCCCCACCAGCACUUGGUGCGAGUACGUCCGGUUGGGCACAGCCACAGCCACGGCCGCGUGGUGCCCGUGGUGGGGUAG